CCGGCGGGUGGCGGCGGGUGGUGCGACUCGGGAAGCGGCUGCACGUGCGGGCGGGGGCGAUGCGUCACUGACCGGAGGAACGAGGAUGAAUAUGACUCAAGCCCGAGUUCUGGUGGCUGCCGUGGUGGGGCUGGUGGCUGUCCUCCUCUAUGCCUCCAUCCACAAGAUCGAGGAAGGCCACCUGGCCGUGUACUACAGGGGAGGAGCUUUACUAACUAGCCCCAGUGGACCAGGCUAUCAUAUCAUGUUGCCUUUCAUUACUACUUUCAGAUCUGUGCAGACAACACUACAAACUGAUGAAGUUAAAAAUGUGCCUUGUGGGACAAGUGGUGGAGUUAUGAUCUAUAUUGACCGGAUAGAAGUGGUGAAUAUGUUGGCUCCUUAUGCAGUAUUUGAUAUCGUGAGAAACUAUACUGCAGAUUAUGACAAGACCUUAAUCUUCAAUAAAAUCCACCAUGAGCUGAACCAGUUUUGUAGUGCCCACACACUUCAAGAAGUUUACAUUGAAUUGUUUGAUCAAAUAGAUGAAAACCUGAAACAAGCACUGCAGAAAGACUUAAACGUCAUGGCCCCUGGCCUCACCAUACAGGCUGUGCGUGUUACAAAACCCAAAAUCCCAGAAGCCAUAAGAAGAAAUUUUGAGUUAAUGGAAGCUGAGAAAACAAAACUUCUUAUAGCUGCACAGAAACAAAAGGUUGUGGAGAAAGAAGCUGAGACAGAGAGGAAAAAGGCUGUUAUAGAAGCUGAGAAGAUUGCACAAGUGGCAAAAAUUCGGUUUCAGCAGAAAGUGAUGGAGAAAGAAACUGAAAAGCGCAUUUCUGAAAUUGAAGAUGCUGCAUUCCUGGCCCGUGAGAAGGCGAAAGCAGAUGCUGAGUAUUAUGCUGCACACAAAUACGCCACCUCAAACAAGCACAAGUUGACCCCUGAGUAUCUGGAGCUCCAAAAGUACCAGGCCAUUGCUUCUAACAGUAAGAUCUACUUUGGCAGCAACAUCCCUCACAUGUUCGUGGACUCAUCUUGUGCUUUGAAAUAUUCAGGUGUUAGAACUGGAGGAGAAAGCUCCCUCCCCCGUGAGGAGGCUCCUGAGCCCUCUGGAGAGAGUGCAGUCCAAAACAAGGAGAACACAGGUUGAUGCAAGAGGUGGAAAUGCUCCUUCGUAUUGAAAUGUGGCUCAAGUCUAACUGGGAACAGUGGUUAUAUGGUCUCCUCAGAUUUACAGAGAACUUGUGCUCUGUCUGUCCUGGCUCUCUUGUGAUAGUCCUAGUUUGUCAGCUGAUUGUGGGAUAGAACCAGCUGUCUGACACUUAGAUGGUCUUUUCAGCCACGUUUUAUCAAGUAUCCUGUAUGUGUAUGUGUUCCUUUCUAAACUGAUACUCAUGAGUGAGGGAAUGUCUAAUGCUACGAUACUGCCUGCACUGGAAUGUUAAACACUAAAUAUAUAACAAGCUGUGUUUUCCUAAGCUGAGGUCUAUUGAAUAAUGUUUACAUUGGUCCCCUGGGAUGUGUGGCUCAAGCCAUUCGAGAAAUAGAAGAAGAUUAUCAAGACAUGGUAAGUUAAAAAAGACUGAUUACAUCUAGGACCCAGCUCUCUUUGGGGUCCAAUCCUACUGUUCAUCAAUGUGAUUAACAUCCAGACAGCUGGUUCCUCAGAAAAUGAUCUUCCACUUGAGCAAUCAUUCACUUGAUAGAAUUUGAACCUUUCUGCUUUCUUACAGACAGGUUGGUGGCCUACAGGGACAUGCGCUUUGCCACCCAACCAGAGAUUCCUAAUCACUAGUUUAUUGCAUUAAUAGACUCAAAUAAAGAAAGCUUGGUUUACAGUUUUGAAGGAGAUGAAACUUUGAACCAAAGCUCUAGGGUCGCACGUUCCCCCUGUGGUCGGGUGGUGGCUGUCAGCAUCUCUGCCCUGCUUGAGUGUGACUAAGAUGCCUGGUUUGUAGCCACAGACAAUUCUUUAUGUGUCACCUCUCAGCUCUGACUGGCCAAGAAUGUGACAGGGCUUCUACCACACACAGAACUACAUAAAAUUCCUACAUAACUGCACAGUAUUAUGCCAUCAUUGCGGGAGUUUUUAUUUUUAAAACUGGAUUUGGGGUACAUUCAUUUGCCCCAGCACUUCUAUCUAAGGCAAACUCCUAGGGCUGCCGUAGUUACUAGCACCCUGAUUUCUGUUCAGCGUGUGGAACACUAAUAAGCAUUUUUGGUCAUCUUUUUCUCCUUCCUCCUGACCCUAGGAUGCUGAAAUCAAAGAUGAUUUGGUUUCACCUUAUCCUUGAGAUCUGGAGUCAACUGACUUCCUGAGCAGCCAGAUCAUUUAUUUUCUGUGAGAAGAUGACAGUUAACCUGUGGCUAUCCUAGCUCUACUUCAUCUGGACCUGUUUUUUUUUUUUUUUGGGGGGGGGUUCCCCUUCAGAUGAACUUUCUUGAACAUUGUGCAGCAUAGUUCAGCCUGAGUUUGUGUAGCUUGUUGACCUGUUGUGUGUACUGUGUUGAGGCCAGACAGAGAAGUCAUGGGACCAUUUCCAGAAAUCUCUCAGCUGUCAGUCUCACCACCAUGGAUAAGUUGUGCCAAACACUUUAUUUGGGAAAGGAAAAUCUAGAAUUGAAUGAGUCUUUUUUCCUGGGUUUUACUACAAAGGCAUUUGUAAUAUGGAGAACAUUGGGUUUUGGUUAUUUAGUUACAUAAAUUCUCUUCAUGAAUGAAUUUUGUGUUCUAUAGCCCUCCUUAAAAAAAAAGUUUGAAUUACAAAAAUAAACUUGUCUUUAUUGUUGCUGCAGAUAAAUAAUGAUUGUUGUGGGUAAUCUGGAUCAUUGAGCUUUGUGCUUUCAUUCCUAGAGAGGUUUUCCCAUUCCUGUAAGUGAAAUGCCAUUGGCCCAUAGUGAUGGGAGUGGGUUUUCUUACCAGCCAUGAGCAGGAUUGAAGAACAAGGAAGUGUGUUGUGAAAUAUAAAAGAAAGCACUUCUGCAUAAACUCCCUGUGGAGUGAGCUUCCCUCUGCCCACUCGGUGAGCUGCAUAGCCAUCCUUCAGGGAUGUUCCUUUUGGUAAAUGUACACUGUAAUCUUGAGGUUUAAAUUUAUAUGUGAAAUACUACCUUUUUUAAAAUAAGAAAUUAAAAUUAUUUUA